AUGGUAGCUAUAACCUUCGAGAAAGUGAAUUCUCCAGCAAAAAAUCAGUCAGCCUUUCCCUCUUUAUCAAACUGCGCGUUUACUGAACGACUCUCAUUAUUGGAAGCGUACCAACCAGAAAACACUUAUAAAUAUUGCUUCACAAAAGAAAACCAAAACAAUGGUCUGGAGUCGGCACAGAAAAAUCCAGUAAAAAUUAAUGGAAGUAAAGUGACCAAAAGAAAAAAUAAAUUUAAUGGAGGAUUUCGUAUCUACAGGAGAAACAAGACGAACCUUCCUCAUAGAGUUCCAAGACUUUGGAAAGGAAAUUCUAAGUUCUCAAAAACGAGUAAAAAGACACAUACAAAACGAUUGAUUGGGCCUCAGAAGAUGAUGAGACACAAUAGUUCUGUAUUUCUACGUGUGCUUAGAAGCCAUAUCGAGUUGGAAACAAUUUUUCGACUGAUGGAUAUCAAACUUCAGGUAUUGGAGUUAAAACUUAAAGCCUAUGCAAUGAGGAAAUAUUUUAUAAAAUCCAUGGACAAAGGAUAUGUACGAAUGGACUCUCUCUUCGAAUAUGGAAAUUUGUAGACGAUUGACAAUUUACAAUUUUUUUUAAAAAUAAAUUUAUAAUUUUUUUUCUUUUUUGGGAUCUGCUAAUAUUUUGGAUCAUAAUUUUAUUUGCGGAUAAAAACAUCUUUGUCAGAAUAUGUAUAAAUUAUUAAAUGUAAAAAUUCAAUAUAUUUUAUUCAUAUCAACAGGUCUCUUUACCAAUAUACUUCUGUGUGAAGCAAGAGCUUUAGAAAAAAAAAAUCUUUUUUUAAAAUGAAAAAAGAUAAAGAUGAAGUUAAAUGGUAUCUGAUAAAUGCAAUUUCAAACCCCUUUUGGCUCAGAGGAUUAAAUUAAAAACUGAAAAAAACUGUUUUUCACGUUCAAGGAACCUCAGUCAUUUGCAAAAAAUGGAAUUGCUACUGUGUUAAAUAUAUGCAUUGUCCUAAUAAAAAAUUGUAAAUUAAA